AUGAAUAUUGAUAGUGUGAAAAUUGUAAUUCCAAUCAAUUGUUCUGUUUCUCAGCUGAUUAAUCAAGUCAACUAUGAAAUGAAUAAACAUGGAAAUUACCUUUCCUUCACAACAAUUCCAAAACAGCUAGAAACUCUUCCACUUUCAGAAUUUCUUUGCAUAACAAAUUUAAAAAUAGAAGAAACAAUAGAAUCUCCAACUGAAUCUCCAAUUGAUAAUUCUUCUAUUAAAACACAAUCCCCAACAAUCCCUCAAGAAAAAAAUAUUAAAUUAAAAAAGAAAACAAGAAAGUCUGGGGAGUUUUAUCUCCCUCAACAACUCGCUACUUGUCAUUAUUGUAAGAAAAGAAAACCUGUAUCUUUUCAAUGUCUCAAAUCUCCACCUCAUCGUUUUUGUCAAAGUUGUUUGAAAAAAACUAAAUGUUCUGAUACAUGUCCUAUUUGUACUGACCGUUGCUGUUGUUCACGUUGUCGAAGUGCUCGUCAAUUAAAUUAA